UGGCGGAUACAAUGAAGUCGAAACGAUACACGCAGGCAGAGUGAAAUGGCAACUUGAGUAGACAAGAAAAGGGAUGACAGUUGCGGAUAAGUAAAGUGAAAGCAAAAUCUCACUGCUCAAAGCGAGAACGAAAAAUUUUAUAUAAAGUGUAAGACGGACACAGAACACAGGAAAGAAAAUAGCAAAAUUGUCAUUGGGAAUGGACGUCGAAAUGUGAAAUGAUUAAUUUAAGGCUCAAAAAAGCCAACGAAUGCUAUAACCGAAACCAUAACAACAACAAUAACAACAAUAACAAAUACAACACCAAGAAUCGCUGCAGUAGUCGAAACAAGAGUAGCAACAACAACAGCAACACUAAGCAACAACAAAUCCAACAUCGUUGUCAUUGUCACUGUCGCUGUCAUCGCUACUGCCGUCGACGCAGUCACAGCUGUAGUCAUCGUCGUCUUCGUAGUAGUGUUGGCCCAAGUGCUGGUGGAGAACUGUUGAAUACGGCCAAUGACGUCGCCAGCUGCACAUAAAAUCAAUUGAAGGCACACACACGCGCGCACAUAUACACGCCAACAGGCCAGGCAUUGACGGGUGGAAGGAAGCCGGUCCCAACUGUUAAGGACGUACAGCGCAGGCGGCGAAGCUGCAAACGAAACGCCCAGCAAGACAGGCAGGAUAUUGCAAGAACAUACCUAUAUAAUAGCAAAGCCAGUGCUGCAGACCACAGAAGCAGUUGAGUAGGUGGCAGUGAUAAAAUAGCGCAAAGCAGCUGUAGGUGAAGCGGAGCAUAGAGCGGCAUUUGUGGCAGUAGCUGUAACAGCAGUGAAAGCAAUUCGAAAGUGUAGGAAAAGUCGUAAAAAUACCAACGUGAAAAUAGCGCAAAAGCUGGUGACUUGCUGUAAGACCCGCAAGCUACAGCGCGCACCACUAUUGUGGAGACGAUUGUGGUGGCAAAUCGCGAAACGCAAGAACAAAAGCAUAACAACAGCAACAACAAGGCGGAGGCAGCGUCGGCCGUGUUAACUGCAGCAGCCACAGCGCGAUAAAGCAAUAAAAGCGCAUACCGACAGACCACAAGCGCAACAAUGAAGCCAUCGGAUUUGCUGCAAUUAACGGAAAGGAUCAAAUUUAAAAUUCCUUUGCCGCCCGGCGUAACAACAACAACACUAAUACCAAAACUAAUACGCACCAAGGAUGUGAAGCAGCUGCAGGAUGGCAGUGCGCAGCCAACAAAGCCCAAAUUAACGAAAUGCCUCAACACACUGGACUUAACAUCGCUGGGCGUUGGCUCGUGUUGUGGCACUGGUAUGUACCUGGUUGCGGGUAUGGUGGCGAAAAAUCUUGCCGGACCCGGUGUGAUCAUUAGUUUUAUCAUUGCAGCGGUGGCAAGCAUUUUUUCCGGUGCCUGCUAUGCGGAGUUUGGCGUACGCGUGCCACACACAUCCGGUUCAGCUUAUAUGUACUCAUAUGUAGCGGUAGGCGAGUUUGUAGCGUUCAUCAUUGGUUGGAAUAUGAUAUUGGAAUAUUUAAUAGGAACAAGUGCCUGUGCGUGUGCUUUAAGUUCGAGUUUCGAUUCACUAACCGGCGGCGCAAUAGCGAACGCGAUUGGCGAUACAAUCGGCACCAUAUUCGGUAAGCCACCCGAUUUUAUAGCAUUCGGCAUAGCGUUGAUUAUGACCUGCGUACUGGCGAUGGGUGCGAGUAAAUCGGUGAUAUUCAAUCACACAUUGAAUGCCAUAAAUCUGGCGACAUGGGUAUUUGUGAUGGCAGCCGGUUUAUUUUAUGUUGAUACCAGCACUUGGACGGAGCAUCAAGGCUUCCUGCCAUAUGGCUGGAGUGGUGUGUUCUCGGGUGCUGCGACUUGCUUUUAUGCUUUCAUCGGUUUCGAUAUUAUAGCCACCACCGGUGAGGAGGCGCACAACCCACAGAAGAGCAUACCGAAAGCUAUUGUUGGCUCACUAGUGAUCGUUUUGUUUGCGUAUGUGAGCGUUAGUUUAGUCUUAACACUAGUUGUGCCCUUCGAUCACAUCAACUCGGGCGCGGCGUUGGUGCAAAUGUGGUCUUACGUGGGCGCACCGAAAUGUCGCGCCAUUGUCGCUGUGGGUGCCACCGCCGGGCUAUCCGUGGCAAUGUUCGGUUCCAUGUUUCCAAUGCCACGCGUGAUUUAUGCAAUGGCGCAGGACGGACUCAUAUUCAGGCAACUCUCACAACUGUGGCAACGCACGAAUGUGCCGGGUUUGGCGACCAUUGGCAGCGGUAUUGCAGCUGCGCUAGUUGCGCUCACGGUACGUUUGGAGAUACUCGUUGAAAUGAUGUCCAUCGGCACACUGCUCGCCUACACGCUGGUCUCCACCUGUGUGCUGGUGUUGCGCUAUCAACCGCAUAGCACGUCGCUGGUCGAGCUGCUGCCAGCACAGCUGCGCACACCGCUGGCGCCGGGCACGGCUACGGAUCCGAGCGCUACCACCGCCGAGGUGUUGCCGUCGAACAAAUUAACAAUAAAACGCGUUACGCGUGGCAUGUCCGAUUCGGAUGAUUCGUUCAUCGAUGAGAGUCCAGAGGGCUACCUAGGACGUGAUGAUCAAUUUCUCGUGUCCGAUCGUUCGGAGAACAAAUUCUAUGGCAGCGUACAUGGCGCGCCAACUGGUCCAACCGGCCAAGCAACCGCCUUCGAUACCAUGGGUCUAAAUUUCGUAUCGCGCAAAAUACACGAUUAUGCGUAUCUAUGUCCCGGCUUCUUUCCAUGGAUCAAUCCGGGCCAAGCCACAACGGAAAGUGGCAUGUAUGUCACGAAACUUGUUGGAAUCAUGUUCGGUCUCAUAUUCUUCUUGGAUCUGUUUGCGGCCAUUGGCUGGUCCGGUGGCCUCGCCGCAUUCAUUUAUUUCAUUUUGUUCAUUGGCAUAUUUGUGAUACUAUUAAUUAUAUCAAGACAACCACAAAAUAGAUAUGCGCUCGCAUUCCUAACGCCGGGACUUCCAUUUAUUCCAACAAUUGCCAUAACAGUUAAUAUUUAUUUAAUAUUUAAAUUAAGCAUACUCACCUUAGUUAGAUUCACCAUCUGGAUGACUUUGGGCUUCAUCAUGUACUUCUACUAUGGCAUAACGCAUAGCACACUCGAACAGACGACUGAUGAGAUAGAACUGCAUGUCGAUAAGGACUAUAGUAAAAAUGUUGAGGAGAAGGCCGUGUGGGAUCAGCCAACGUAUAUGAAUCAAAGCAAUGAGCCUGUUUGGGCUACAAAGGAUACACGCGCAAAACAGACAACAGCAACAACAAAACGUUCCAACACAAAUUAUUCCAAAGCAACUGUAAGCAAUUCCACAAAACAACCGCAAACAAAAAAUUCCACUAGUACAAGAAAUACAACAGCGAAUUCCACAACAGCAACAACAACAGGAAAUGAUGGCAAAUUCACCAUGUUCAUCGAUGAGACGCAAUUCCCCACGUGGGAUGAUUAAAAGUAGCAGGCAAAAGUAAAAACUAAAUGUAUUUAAUUAGAAAUAUUCCAACUAAACGAAAAUAAAAAAUAAUAUACAAAUUGUGAAUGAUUUAGAAAAGGAGCAAAUGCACUAGGUCUGUAUUAUACACGCGUAAACAAUAAGGUUGAGUUUAAAUAAUAAAAAUUAUAACAAAAAAAAAUAUUAUAAUAAAAAAAAUUAACUUUUGAAAAUUGUUAUGAUAUUAAAGAAAUUAGUAAAUAAUUGAAAACAAACACAUGCAAUGAGUGCGUUUGCCGUUUGCGAUUGUGAAAUAAAGUAAAACCAAUUUUUGUGAUUCCUUUUUCGAGUACUUAACGCAGGAACUUUAAGUUAUAUAAAUGUAUAUAGCGUGCAAGUAAUUUACAAGAACAAAAAAUGUUAAAUUAUAUUAAUAUAGUAUAUACAGAUAUGUAAAUUAUAUACAUACAAAUACAUAUAUAUAUAUAUAGUUAAAUACAUAAAACAUACAACUGCAAAAAACAUACAAUACAUAUACAAACAAGAUUUUGUCAUUAAUACUACUAACAUUAUUAUUAUUGUAAUUAUAGUUAAAAAAAUAUUGAAAUAUACUUAAAAUAUGAGAAUAUGAGAUUAAACACGCAGUAGUUAUAAAUUUAAAUAUUACAUAUAUAUGAGAAAUACAUAAAAAAAUAUUAUAUUUAUAUACUAUACGUACAUACAUAUGUACAUAUAUAAAUAUACAUGAAACGUACAUGCAUAUAAUAUAUGUAUGUAAAUGCAGCAUUAUUGCAUGCAAUUCUUAUUAAAACUUAACUUAAAAAAUAUUUUUAAAUUAAAAAAAAUUUCUAAAUUAAAAAAGACAUGUGAAUAAUUAUAGUUAUAAAUUUUACUAAUUAAAUUCAUUUAUUACAACAAUUUACGAGCAUUUUAUAUGCUAAGCCAUGCAUGUAAGCAAAAAACCAAAGCAAAAACUUAUUUGUAGUUAUAUAUAGUAAAUCAAUAGCGCAUUGUUAUGGAGCGAAAGCAAACCAAUGUUGUACAUACAUACAUACAUAUAUACAUCUUAUGUAACAUAAACGUGUGUAAAUGCUAUGCAAUCGUUAUACACAAAAAUUACUUUUUAAAUAAUUAAUUUUUCAUACCAGUCAAAUUUGAAUUUAUAUUCUAAAAUAUACCUACAUACAUACAUAUGUACAUACACUCUUCGAUAUUAAAAAUAUAUGUACAUACACGUAUAGUUAAACUUUUCAAUACUGGGUUUAAACAACUUUACUGUUUGUGUAAAUACUUAAUUUUUAACUCUCAACACAUAAAUAUGUAAAUACAACAAACAUUCUAUUCUUAUUGUUAUACUUAACGUGCUGUUGUUAAAAUCUAUAAAAAAAAUUAAAACAUUUAAAUUUCUUUAUUGCCAUAACUAUUAUAUUGUAAUAAAUAUAAGUAGUUAAAAUAAAUAUGUUUGCAAAUUUAAUAAGCAAAUAUUGUUUAUUAACAAAGCAAGCAACACAUACCAAAGCAAAGCAUGAAAAACAAAUAACAACUAUGAAGAAAAUAGCUGAAAACUUUAAAACAACAAAUAAUAGCAUAUUUGUAGCGUAAAAAAACAACUAAUGCAAAAAAAUAAAUAUUUAAAUAAAAGCAUAUUAAGCGUAAAAAAACAAAAAAAAGUAAAGCCAGUUUGUUUGACCCCGAAUAUACCUCCUUCUUAUUAAUAAACAAUUUAGUACAUGUGCAAAAAAAAUUUUUUUUUUAGUAACUAUAUGAAAUGCUGCGUUUAUGUACGCGUAAAUACCGCGGCGUAUGUAUUUGCGGCAGUUGCUUUACGUAAUCGUUCAAUAAAUUUAUAUUAUUAUUAAUUUUAAGCCAUUACUGCGCUGUAUAAUUUCAACAUUUAAAAUUUAAUAAUACCGUUAAAGGCUUGGCGAAUGCUAUAUGAAAAAAAUAUAUUUUUGUGCUAAAACGAGAAGAUAAUACUGAACAUUUCUACCUACAUAAUUAAUUCACACACUUUUAUACUGUGCUCUUUAAAACAUACAUACAAAUUGCUUACUAAAUUAUAAAAUAAAAUUUUUUAUAUUGUAUAAAUAUAAAUAAUAUAUACGUAUAUGUA